ACUUUCCCUCCGUUUCUGUAUUCCGCCGCCGCUGCUCCCCACGUCACCGGUCCCUCUUUUCCUGCCCUAUUUCACGCCGGGGAAAUUCGCCCCUCAUGGAGGAGAAAUCCAGCCGCAAAGAGCGCAGAAAAGAAGCUCGCUCAGUCAGGAAUAAGAAAAAGUUUGAUUCCUGGAUCCACAAUCGACAAUCAAAGAUUUCUAAAUUGGAGUCGAAGUCUGACAAGGCAGGGAAGCGACUUAAGAAUAAUGAAAUUGAUGAUAGCUCUAGCCAACCUGAGAUGGUUGGAAUAUCCAAAACUGAAACAAGGGAUCGGAAAACUAUCGAGGCAACUGGAAAUACUCGUCCUUUGCGAAACUCAGAAGCGAAAAAGGAGUUCAAACGGAAGAGGAGUUCAGAUAAAACUUCAAAACCCAAUUUCUUUAACUUGCUGGAUAUGCAAACGAAUGGGAUGAUGGCAUCGGCAGAGGAGGAUUUGCGUUUAGAGAGGAGACUUGCGAAGAAGCUCAAGCUGAAGAGUGGGAGGUUGACUAAUGCAAAUGAUGAUCUUGAUAUGUUGCUUGAAGGAAUACCAUCUAUGGCUGACAGUCUUGGGAAUGUUGGAAAAGAGAAUAAAAAGGCUCGGGAUAAUAAAUCGAAAACUAUAAAGAUGGAUUCAGCUUAUGAAGACUUGGAUGAUGAAAUUUCAUCCGGUGAAGGUAGCGAAGAAUCCAAUUUAGUAACUAGCGAUGACGAGCUUGAGAAUGUGAUGUCACCUGAAGAUUCCCCUAUUUCAUCGGGUGAGGCCAGUGAAGAGGCCGAUUCCCUUAAUACUGAUCAGGAGCAUGAGGAUGCAGAUCUUGCUCCAGGUGAUCCAAAGAAAAACCUUCAAACUAGCAGAUUAUUGGAAGAACACGAUGAAUCCAGUUCAUCUGAACAAGAAGUUGACACGAGAAUAAGCUCAAAUACUGAGGCAUCUGGACCUCCAAAGGCUGUCUCAUCUGAGGUAGCGUUGGAUAAAUUACCUAACAAAGGGGCAGGGAAAUAUGUGGCUCCCCAUCUUAGAUCUCGUGGUGGAAAUGAAUCGGCUGAAUAUGCUGAAGAGCGUAGAAGAUUACGAGGACUUUUGAAUAGGCUUUCUGAAACAAAUGUUGAAUCAAUCACUGGGGAAAUUUCUGCACUCUUUCAAUCAGUAGGUCGUGCUGUUGGAACCCAGAUUGUAACUGAAGAGAUUGUGACAUCCUGUUCUGGAGGCCCUCGUGGAAAUGAACAGUAUGCUGCAGUUUUUGCAUCAUUUGUUGCUGGAAUGGCUUCUUUGGUUGGUAUAGACUUUGGUGCCAAACUUCUUUCACGUCUUGCAAAUCGUUUUGAGGAAGAGUAUAUGAAAGAAGACAAUCUCUCGUUACGGAAUUUGACCCUUCUAUUAUCUCAUUUGUUUGUUUUUGGAGUUUGCUCCAGUGAAUUGAUAUAUGAUUUCCUGAUUAUGCUCGGAAAGCGGUUAACAGAGGUUGAUGUUUCGACAAUCCUGACAGUGUUGCAGUGUUGUGGGAUGAAAUUGCGAGGGGAUGAUCCUGUUGGCAUGAAAAAUUUCAUUCAUAGUAUUCAGAGUAGGGUAACUGAGUUGAAGGCCUCUGCUGACUCUGGGAAAUCAAAUAUAAGCAGCAAAAGAAUGGAGUUUAUGAUUGAAACCAUAUUUGACAUAAAGAACAAUAAGAAGAGAUCUAAGGAAGAAACCGUGCAGCACACUCACAUAAAGAAGUGGCUACAAAAGUUAAGGGUUGAUGAUAUAUUAAUACGAGGUUUGAAAUGGAGCAAGCUACUUGAUCCUAACAAGAAAGGCCAGUGGUGGUUGUCUGGGGACAUUGCUUCAACUGUUGAAAAUGUUGAAGAGGUUGCUGGCACAAUUGAUAAAGAAAUCCCUGAAACCAAAAAGAUGCUACAGCUUGCGGCAUCAAUGAGGAUGAAUACAAGUGCACGAAAUGCGAUUUUUUGUGUAAUUAUGAGUGGAGAGGACUAUAUUGAUGCGUUUGAGAAACUUCUUGGACUGGACUUGCCAGGAAAGCAGGAUCGAGAGAUCAUGCGGGUGCUUGUGGAGUGCUGUCUACAAGAGAAAGUAUUCAAUGAAUACUACUGUAUUCUUGCAUCUAAGCUAUGCAGCCAUGACAAAAACCACAAGUUCACUUUACAGUAUUGCCUGUGGGAUCACUUCAAGGAACUGGAGUCAAUGACACUGCUCAGAUCAAUGCAUUUAGCAAAAUUUACUGCAAGGAUGAUCGAGAAUUUCAGUCUUUCAUUAGCAGUUUUGAAGGCGGUUGAUUUGAGUGACCCUGCAAAUCUGACCUCUAAAAGGAUCAUGCAUUUCCGGAUGCUAUUUGAGGCCAUAUUCGAGUUCUCAGAUAAGAAAGUUUGGAAUAUUUUUACACGUAUCGCUGUGACCCCUGAAUAUGAAGCUCUUAGGAGUGGAAUUGAGCUUUUCAUCAGCAAAUAUGUCGUAAGCAGUCAAAAGUCACUGGGUAGCAAGUUCAAGAUUGCAAAAAAGGCUCUGAACAAUAUUGAAGGUCUUGUGAUGUGAAUUCACCCAAACUGCAGCAAAUUUUGUGUACUGGUUUCCUUAACAACGGAGGUUCCUAUUUAUAGUCUUUAUGAUAAAGCGUAGACUAGAAUUAUGAAUCAUCAUGACUAUUGAAUAGUAGACCUUGUAACAGUUUGUAUCCUGACAUCAUUAUUUUUGUGAUGAGAAAUUAAUUACAAGAGCCAAAGAUUUGGUUAUUCAUUCUA